GAACCUUGGGUUCACCAGCUGCUCCUGGCGGUAGGCAAACUGACCGGGUUGGCCGCCCUCAUCAACACGAGCUUCAACACUCGUGGAAAGCCAAUCGUGAACACGGUCAGUGAGAGCCUGGAGAUGUUAGACACUCUGCCCGACCUCGACUUCGUCCUCAUUGAGGACUACUUGUUCACGGCCCCGGCGGUGAAACUGCCCAUGAAGAAAUUCGACGAUGCGCCUGCAAGGGUCAGUGUCGUCGAGACCUAUGAGCCUCGAAUUCGCGUGUGA